UCACUUCACUUCUCUUCACUUUUAGCAACUCACGCACUUCCUUUCUUUUCCUCUUUUUCUUGUGCCGGCUCACACUUUCUCUCUUCUUCUUCCAAUCCAACCCAAAACCACACACACUCUUUUCUACCUUUACAUAAACAACCACUAGCAAUAAUGCUCAACAAGUACAGACACCGAACCAAUUCCGGCGCAGUCCCUUCCUGCCCGACCAUGUUCCCUCCGGCUGUCAUGGCACCACCAACAGCACCCACUCGAAAACGCACCCAUCUGAAGCCAAGCCAAGUCGCCGUGCUCCAGGAGUCCUUUGUCACCAACCCACUUCCGGAGGCCCCCAUGCGCAGCCGGCUGGCCCGGGAACUUGGUGUCACCGAGCGCACCAUUCAAAUCUGGUUCCAAAACCGCCGUGCCAAAGCUCGUAAAUUGGAUGCCAUCUCCAGUAACUGCCCCGGCGGCUCUGGUAAAAUCCCCUCGCUCAUGCCAAAUGUCAGAACCGGCUGGAUUGAGCCACCUCAACGUAGCAACACGCCCCAACGAUACCAAGCCACAUUUCGUACAAUGAUGACUCCUGAACGGUUUGAAGAAAUGCAACAACAACAACAGCAACAACAGCAACAGCAACAGCAACAGCAACAACAGCAGCAGCAACAUCUAGAACACCAGCAACAGGACAACAAUAACAACGCGUCUUGGCCGCAACAGCAACAACAGCAACGCAAACGUCCCCGUUCGUACUCCAAGCCUGAAACAGCCUGUGUGCAGUUGUUGCAAGAGGAAGAAAAUGAUGCGAUUCCUCGUGCCAUGUCGGAAGGCACGGAUCGGAUAAUACCUAAACAAGGACCGAACGCUGAAAUCAAUUUUCCAGUGGCAGCCUUGCGCGUCGGCAGCUGGGCAAGAUUUGCAGGCAUGCGCGAUCAGCAAUGGGAUCUCGUGUGUUACGCACACCAACGCCAGUUGAUCUGGCAUAUCCAAGAUGACGGCCACCAGUUCCGCAUUCAAAUCGACUUUAGCGCUAUCCGCCAGCUGGUGCUCACGUCUGAAGUGCAGGAAGACAUGACCAUGGCCGACCAGCUUCAGAUUCAUCUGGACCAUGCUGGCGACUUGACCUUCUCCAUGUGGCGAGCCGGUAUUGACCACGACUGGAUCCGUUGCGGCGACUUUUCCGAAAACAAGCAGGCCACCUACCAGGCUGUCCAUGUGUUGCAGGGCAACUAUGACAUGCUUCGCCAAGCGCUCCUGCAGAUGUUCAGCCAAUCGCCUGACAUGUUCUCAAAGUGUACGAUGGCCAUGCCCGAGGUGCCACCGCUCGACUUGUGUCGCGAUUUCACCUUAUCGCCCUCGGCUACCCCUGAACCAGCCAUGACAACAGCAGCUGUUGCUGCUUAUGCUGCAGUCGCAAAUACUUCCGCCGCCGCCGCCACCACCAACAGCGCUGUCGCACCCAAUUGGAUGCUUCAGGAGGCUGCCGCUGCUCCUCCUCCUUGUUCUUCUUCUACCUCCUCGUAUCUCCCCAAGUCGAUUGAUGAAAAUGCUUGGCUGCAUCAGCAGCAUCAGCAGCAGCCCUGGGACAACUCUUGGCACAUGCUUCAACAGCAGCAGCAAUCACAACAGCAUCAUCAUCAUCAUCAAUCAUUUGCUCCGUCCAUGGAGGUCAAUUUUUUGUGAUAAAGCAUCGCAACGUUCACACAUAGUACACACACGCACACAUCUUUCAUUGUCUUUGCCUGGUGCAAAUUCGUCUUUUUUCUUUUUCUUUUUUGUGAUUUACCGUGUCCAUAUUUCCUCCCGUAGCGUAUACAUAUCCUUUUUGAGACAUCUUCUUAUAACCAACGCCUUUUUUCUUUCUCUUUACAUAUCGUACAUAUCACUUUUCUUUCUCCUUUCCCCCUUCUUCUUUUACCCAACCAUCCGGUCGUUUGUGUGUAUCGCAAAUGUACAUACCGCAUACAGCAGCAGCAUUUCAGCAACAGAAGAAAAACGGUUUCAUAUUUUAGCAUUAUUUAUUAUCUCCCCCCUUUCAUUACAUUGAGGAAAAAUAAAAAUUAUUGAUCAUGCAAAUCUCACUUACUCCUAAUCAU